AUGUUCCUCACUUCUCUCUCUGCAGCCCCUGCCGUCUCUGUCUCUGAGACAUUGAUCAGGGGGUUCCUGGGCCAGAAGGUAAUGCUUCCCUGUCAGUACCCUUCAUGGUCCUCAAACAGCAACAGUAUGUGCUGGGGCAAAGGCCAGUGUCCCAAGUCCAAGUGCAAGGAUGAGCUGGUGCACACGGAUGGCACGAAGGUCAUCUCCAGGACCGCCUCUCGCUACGACUUACCGGGCAUCAUCUCUCAGGGCAACUUGUCGCUGACCAUCUCCUACACAAGGCCAAGCGACAUCAGCGUGUACUGUUGCCGGAUUGAAGUGCCUGGCUGGUUCAAUGACGUGAAGAUAAACAUCCGCCUGCAGCUGCAACCAGCCCCCAAGAGGACCACGACCCGCCGCCCACAAAUCACAACAAGCACUGUAAGCACCACGACGACCAAGGCUUGGACCCCCAGCACGGCGCUGCUUCCCACCGAUGUGGUGACCACUGCCCCUGCCCUCAUCACCACAGCCCUGCUCCAAACCUCUGUGGUGGCCCUCACCUCAGUGACCACAUGUCCACUGACCACAGAGAGAUCUCUGUCCUCCAUGGCUCCCACCACAGAGAAUCCCACGGAAGAACACAUGAGUACCACUGCAGUGGAGACAUCACCGCAUACCAGCCUCCCAGAGAGUUUGACAUCUGCCACCGCCAGAGGCAUGAGCACUCAACCUUUCUCUGGAGCCCCAAACGCUGCCACUCUCAGCUCCCGGGAUUCCCAAACUUGGGUCUUCCCAUCAGAACCAGGGGCUGCCAUGAAUGAUGUGAGGCACUCAACCUUUCCUGGGCACAUAGCCUCAGAGACUUCAAUUCCUGCACAGGACCAAGCAGAAGCGGAGCAUAUCCAAAUGACAGACCACAGGGACCUUCUAAUGAUCAUCACCCCGUCUCUGGGUUUGCUGCUCUUCUUGGUCUUGCUCGGCAUUUUCCUUCGAGGGAAGAUCACAAAGACUGUCUGCCUCCAGAAGCAUACCAGGUUUGAGGAGAACAGGAAGAGCCAGCAGUGCCUGGGCAGCCUGCAGUCUGGACAGGAGGACGAGGAUGGCUUGUUCACGCUCUGAUGUCUUCGCCAAGAUCUGGUCCCACUGUGUCCUGGAGGUUCCUGUCUUCACCCUGCUUCAGGUCCCCCAGGGGAAGAACCUGAUACUUUCCU